UCGAAUUUCUCCAGAAAGUAAACCAUACUUACUGCGUAGUAUGUAUAACGCAUUAACUAAAGACUCUUCAGCAUCUAGAACUACUGCAGAGAGAGAGAUUGAUGAACGUGUUCAAGAGGCAUUGUUAGCAGAAGACAUGGAUAUAAUUAUUGAUUUACGACAUUUGAAUUCGUCAAGUGAAGACAACUUCGGCUUAUUUUGGGCUAAGUGCAAUGAAUAUCUCACUACUUGCACUACUGUACAUGAGCGGCGUCAUGAUACUGUAUCUUUUAUGGCGAAAGCAAUUUCAGUGCGAGACUUGAUUGAGCAAGUCACUAAAAUGUGUCCUGAAGGAACGCCAGUUCCAUCUGAGUCUUGGGUGCGUUUUAAUUUUUUCCCAAGGAACCCUCAUACUGUUACUGCCAAGCGGUACAGAAAUCAACUACAAGCUAAACAUGUGAUCCAGAAAAGACAAUUCAGGAAGACUCAUAUUGAUGCACACUAUUGUGCAGCUCUAUUCAGAUAUAUGAGGGAAUAUGCUGUCAAGCUCAGAAGUGUUGCUUUGUUUGUUUGUUUAGAUGAUAAGCAUCGUAUAAAAGUUGGAGAACCUGGUUUUCCUUUAGCAGCAGUUGAGCGAGGACGUGAAGUUAUUGUCUCUCUAAAUGAAACUUUUUGUGUAGGAGACCAUGAUUUUAGUAAAUUCAGUCUUAUACCAAGUGUAACUUUACUGGUAGAUAUUCCAGUAACAAUGGCAGGUUCGUGGUAUAGAGGACAAGUUCAUGUUGGUAUUAAAGAUGCUAUUUUUGAGCCUUCAUCACCACUGAGGCAUGCUACUGAGCUGUAUCACUAUUUGUUGCCAAAUAUGGUUGGACGGCAUGCUCUUUUCAUUUAUUCUGAUGGUGGGCCAGACCAUAGGCUUACUUAUGUCAGUGUACAGCUAUCAUUAAUAGCACUUUAUCUUAAUCUGGAUUUAGAUUUACUUGUUGCUGCUAGGACUGCACCAUCUCAUUCAUGGGCCAAUCCAGUUGAGAGGGUCAUGUCAACAAUAAACCUUGGUUUGCAAUGUGUUGGUGUGAUGAGGAAAAAAAUGGAAGAAGAUGAUGAGAAAGUUUUUGAGAGGAGCAAAAAUCUGAAAGAGCUCAGGGCCAAUUGUAUUGAUCAUAAAGAUGCUGUUGCACAAACACUUCAACCUGUCAAAGACCUCAUAGCAUCUAUUUUACAGAGGUUAGAAUUAAAGGAAAAGAAGUUUACGAUGUUUCAAAGUGCAUCAGAGUGGCAGAUUGAACAAUUUUGGGAAAUACUAUUACAGGUUGAUUCAUUAUUAACUAAAGAUUGUACAUCAAAGGA